GUUCCAGACCCCCCAAAAAAAGAAAAAACACCCUAUUUUCCGAAGCGGCGUCAGAGCAUCGCGGCAAGGCGAUCGAGCUCGAGAGAGGGGGAAACGGAACGAGACUAGCGAGUCGACCAUCCAUGGCUGCGCUGGCCUCUAUCCCUUCUUCUCUCCCUCCCAGUCUUUGCCCCAAGCUCCUAUAUCAUAUAUAAUCCUCGUUCCUGCUAUCACUCUUGAGUCUGCGUUUGUUUUGCAUCAAAUAGUAUUUAUAAGCAAAAUCGUUCCGCUGGUGAACAUUUCCAUCCGAUCCCGCACGGCGCGAUCGAUCUCCGGCGCUCCGGAACAAGUCGCUCGUUGCGAAGCUCGAAUCUGCAUAUAUAUACAACUAUGGUAGGCCGAAGGCCCGAAGCGCGAGGUGGAGGACGGGGAGGAGGGAGCUACAGAGAUCUGUCCCCAAAUCCCCCUCUAACCUUGAGACGAAUCGAGGACCACCGUCCAGAUUGGCAUCACAGGCCGGACGAUCGCCGCCCGCGGCUCAGCGUGAGCCCUCCUUCACGACCGCGCCACUCUCCUGCUUGUCGGAAUACCUCCGUUGAACGCAGAGACUAUGCCGCAAGGCACUCAGACCAUCACCCCCCUCCCAGUCAGCCGAGGAGGAGGCCCUCGCCUUUUAAAGGCCGGAACUACGAGCUCCCGCCUAGUUAUAUGCUGCCGGAUCACCCUUCCGACUUGAAUCAGGAUCUGAACUCCUCUAGGUUGAAGCCGAAACCAAUUUUCUCGGAUGAUGGUGCUGCAAGAACGGUCCACUCGCUGCCCACUAACUCAAUCUACGCGGCACUGAAAACUGAGAAUAUUAUCGGCAGCAGUGGUGGUGCGCUGACUGGAGGGUACCACGAUGGUGGGGUGCUCCGAUAUCGCAACCACGUGAGGAAUCCCUAUGAAGAGAGAGAGAGGGAGAAGCUUUAUUCAAGAGAUGUUUCUUACCAGGAGAUGCCUCCCUUACCUUUGAGGCCAAUUGAAGGUGCCUCUUCAUCUGCUAUCGUAAAAGAUGAACUUUUCCACUUAUAUGGAGAUCGCCUCCAUCAACCAUCGGAUGGUCCUCUCAGGGGCAGUCUCAGUAGGCAUGUUGAUGACACUUCAGACCAGAGUGCCUACCAUCAGAUGCAGCUUUCCGAUCCUAUGAAAAGAGUGCCCUUUAGUCACUCAUCUAGAGAAGAAUCUAGGGACUACACUAUCCAUGGUAGGUUUCUUGCAUCAGAUGACAUAUACAAAAAGGUGCCCGACUAUAGGGACUCACUAGGAGGUUCAUCAUCUUUUACGAGGCUCUUAGAUGCGAAGGUUGAAGGAGCUGCUUUUUCUCGGAAAACAGCUGGUGAGGGCAGCUUCUUGGAUCCAUACCAUUCUAUACGUGGGGAUUCUGUUUCAGGAUACCGUGAGGCGGGGGUUGUCGAUGGGGAUUAUGCUGGUCGUUCAGGUAUUGGGCAUCCUGGAUUUGUGAUGAAACCAUCACAUAAUCAUGAGAUUGCAUCUGUCGAUGACAGUUACAGAGGAAGACCUAAAAGUCCCGUGUUCCCUGAUCGUUGCAAGGGCUUAUAUUGGCAGGAUGUGAGUCCUCCGCAAGGGAAGACACAUGUUGCAAGUACAGAUAUCUAUGACUAUGACUUAUCAUCUAAAAGGAUGAUUAGAAGAAAAUAUCUCGUGGAUGAUGAUGCAAAUGGGUUUAACUCGAGGAAUGUUUUUCCUGAUGAUAGGACUGCUUAUAGAGGGAUUCUAUUGCGAAGUGGUGGCAACGAUGUCCGGCCUUAUGAUGACCGAGAAGGCCAUAUGGCUUCUAAGAAAAUGGCUUUCCACCAUUCUCUGCACAAAAUGUCCUCACGUAAAAUUUUGAAACCUGAUGUUUGGUUGCGUUCUGAAGAUUCAACUGCUUAUGAAGACGGUGGCCACAGUAAAAGCAUAAAGAGGAGGUUGAGGCCAGGCCCCUCGGAAUUUCAUGGUUCAUUUACAUUAGAAAGAAAAGAAUUCAAACCCAACAAAUUUAGGAAGAAGACUUUGGAGGAUCGGCAUGACGGUCGGCAUACAAUUGAUGGAGAUGUUGCUGGUGCUGACGCCCUCCUUAGGAAAGAAGAUCCACCUGAAGGUUCGGAGGAGUUUAAGCAGCUAUUUCAUAAAGCUUUUCUUCGGUUUACGAAAUUGCUGAAUGAGAGCUCGCGCCAGCAAAAAAGAUACCGUGAGCCAGGAAGAGGACCUCUACUGUGUUGCGUAUGUGGCAGUCUCUCAAAGGAUUUCUCGGACACACACAGCUUGUUAGCUCACACUUACCAUGCUCGCAAGGGGGGCCUGAGAACAGAUCACCUGGGGCUUCACAAAGCCCUUUGUGUUCUUAUGGGAUGGAAUUGGCGCGUAGCUCCUGACACUUCGAGGGCUUAUGAGUCCAGUUCAGCUGUUGUUGAAGCAAAGGCUCUAAGAGAUGACCUUAUUCUCUGGCCUCCGCUUGUCAUUAUACACAACAGUAGUAUUGGGAUCAAGGUUUCUGCCGACAAAGCAAAGAUCGUGACCACUGAACAGAUGGAAGAACUACUUAGAGAAAUUGGUGUUGGAGCAGGAAAGGCGAGGGUUAGCUAUGGGAAACCAGCUAAUCAAAGUGUAUUCAUAGUCAAGUUUUCCCCGACAUUUUCUGGACUACAAGAAGCAGAAAAGCUUCACAAGUAUUUCGCUGAUAAGAAGCGUGGGAAGCAAGAAUUUCAACAGCUUACUACCAGCGGCGAGAAGGUAAAUUUUCGUGGUGGUGAAAAUAUUGAGCUCCUUUACGGGUUUAUGGCAGUUGCAGAGGACUUGGACAAGCUCGAUCCAGAGACAAAGAAGAGGUCCUUGGUGAAGAGCAGGAAGGAUAUAGAAGCUAUUGCUGAUGCUCCACUGAAUGCAGAUUAACUUACUCUUUAAAUUUAUCGUUCCACAUCUUUUGGUACAUGAUUUAACUACACAAAGAUACUGGACCAGUAAGGAAGUUAUUUUGUUAUAAAAUGUAUACAAUUGUGCUUAAUCCGACUAUGGUAACUUCAUAAAUUGCUCUAGUAUCAUCUAUAGUAUCUGAUUUUA